AUGUCCGACAUAGAAAAAGGCUCCCACGACAAGGAGACCCGUGUCGACGCGGCUCCCGCCUAUGAGGCCGGCGUCGCCGAGGACCUCCCGCAGGAGGACUUCAUGACGCGCAAUGGUCUCAACCUGGCGUCCUUCAAGCCUCGCCGGUAUCACACCGGUGACAGCACCGAGAUCGAGCGCACCAUGAAGUCCCGCCACCUGCACAUGAUUGCCAUCGGCGGCUCCAUCGGCGCCGGUUUCUUCGUCGGUUCCGGCAAGGCGCUGCACAAUGGCGGGCCUGCUUCCCUGCUUAUCGAUUUCGCCAUCAUCGGUGUCAUGAUGUUCAACGUCGUGUACGCCCUUGGCGAGCUGGCCGUCAUGUUCCCUGUCACCGGUGGUUUCUAUACCUACUCUACUCGCUUCAUCGAUCCGUCCUGGGGUUUCGCCAUGGGCUGGAACUAUGUGUUUCAGUGGGCUAUCGUCUUGCCUCUUGAACUUACUGUCUGCGGUUUCACGGUUGGGUACUGGAAUCAGGAGAUAAACGUCGCCGUCUGGAUCACAAUCUUCCUCGUCGCCAUCAUCAUAAUCAACGUCUUCGGCACCCUCGGCUACGCCGAAGAAGAAUUCUGGGCUUCGGCCUUCAAGCUCGGCGCCACCAUCGUCUUCCUGAUCAUCUGCCUCGUCAUGGUCCUCGGCGGCGGUCCCAAAGGCAGCCGCUACGACGAAUACUCCGGCGCCAAGCUGUGGUACGCGUCCGGUGCUUUCGCCAACGGCUUCCGCGGUUUCUGCUCCUGCUUCGUCACCGCCGCCUUCGCCUUCUCCGGCACGGAACUCGUCGGUCUCGCCGCCGCCGAGGCCAAGAACCCCGUCAAGUCCCUCCCCGGCGCCAUCAAGCAGGUGUUCUGGCGUAUCACCCUCUUCUACAUCCUCGGUCUCUUCUUCGUCGGCUUGCUCAUCCCCUACGACGACGAGAACCUGUUGGGCGCUAACCCGUUCAUCAACGUCAACGCCUCGCCCUUUGUGCUGGUCGGCAAGUACGCCAACCUCACCGGCUUCGACUCGUUCAUGAACGUCGUCAUCCUGGUCUCGGUCCUCUCCCUCGGCGUCUCGUGCGUCUACGGCGGCUCGCGCACGCUGGUCGCCUUGGCCCAGCAAGGGUAUGCGCCCAAGAUCUUUGCCUAUGUCGAUCGCUCCAACCGCCCGCUGUUCUCCGUGCUGGCUAUCAUUGCGUUCGGUCCCAUUGCGUACGUCAGCUUGGCCGCUGCUGGCCCGACCGUCUUUGAUUGGCUGCUUUCGCUUUCGGGUCUGGCGGCGCUGUUUACGUGGGGAUCUAUUUGCUUGAGCCAUAUCCGCUUCCGCAAGGCGUGGGCGCUCAAGGGCCACAGUGUGGAUGAGAUUCCUUUCCAGGCGGCUGGUGGUGUUUGGGGAUCGUGGUUGGGGUUGGUGUUGGUUGUUUUGGUGUUGAUUGCUCAGUUCUACGUAGCCAUCUGCCCCCCCGGCGGCGGCUUCAACGACGCCAAGGGUUUCUUCGUGCAGUACCUCGCCCUCCCCGUCGUCAUCGUCUUCUGGAUCGGCGGCUUCAUCUGGAAGGGCACGAGCUGGCUCCGCGCUGACCAGAUCGAUGUCGACACGGGCCGUCGCGUGCACGACUGGGACUCGAUCAAUGCGUACCGCGCCGAGUUGGCGGCUAUGCCCGCUUGGAGGAGGUGGUUCCAUAAGUUGUUUGUCUAA